UGAAGCUGAGCGGGCGAGCUCCGGAGCUGCCGUGGGUCCCCAUGAGUUCACCGAGCCAGCCUGCCGAGGACAAGCUGGAGGCAGUGAUCCAGAAAUUGGAAGAGACCAUCCUGAAUCCAGAGGUGCCUGAAGAGGAUAAAGGUCUGACGAUCUGUGGCGAGGGGCAGGACUCUGCUCCAACUCCCGUCUCUGCUCGAAUCCGAGAGAUAGUUACCAAGAAUCUAACUGAGGAAAGCAUGGAAGUUGGCAGGAGUUCAAUGGCCAGUCUUCAGAGAGAGAAUUGUAUGCUGCAGGAGGAACUGUCUCGUAUGGAAGACUUAUUAGCGCAGAGCCAUGCUGAGCGCGAUGAGCUGGCCAUCAAGUUUCGUGCGGUCAACGAGCGGUUGGAGAAAUCCCUCAAGUUGGAAGUGUCUGAGAGGGAGCAAGAGGUGGCUGAGUCAAAGGCUGUAUCAGAUCUUCGUCGCCAGUUUGAGGAUGAAGAGAGAGUAUACAGGAGAAAGCUCCAGGCCUAUCAGGAUGGACAGCAGCGUCAAGCUCAACUUGUACAGAAGCUUCAGGCCAAGGUUCUGCAGUAUAAGAAGCGGUGUGGUGAGUUGGAACAGGAGAUCCUUGAGAAAACCUCUGAGUCGGAACAGCAGAAAGUGUCAUUACAGAGCCGCUUGGACACAACAGAAUCCCACUUGAGGAGAACGGAAUAUGAGCAUGACACUGAGCUGGAGACUACCCUCAUUCGUCUGGAGGAAGAGCAGCAAAGAAGCAGCAGCUUAACCCAGGUCAAUUCCAUGUUGCGGGAACAACUGGAACAGGCCAAUGUGGCUAAUCAAAGACUCAGCGAGGAUAUCCGCAAAAUCACAGUGGAUUUCGGCAAGGCUAGGAAUGAACUGGAGCACAGAGAAAUGAGGCAGCGGUGGGAGCAGGAGAUCCAUGGCCCCUGUCUAAGUGGUGCUCAUGACAAGCUGCUGGCAUUGUGGAGGCAGAUUGCUGGGGUACGCAGUGACCUUACAGAUCUGAAGAAUGGGACACAGCAAAAUCUCAUGGAGGUAAAGACUGAUGUUUCCCGGACAACACGACGCCUGCAGACUGCUUGCCUGAACCUGGACUCCAACUUGCGCCUGUCUCAGGGGAGCACAACGUCUACACUGGAGAAGUACACAAUGCAAAGUGGUCGACUCGAGCAGCAGCUCCGUGACAAGGUCAAAGAGAUGAUUCAAUUGCAGAGCAAGUGUGAUGUGGACAAAGCAGAGCUUCAUGCAAGGAUUAGUGAUUUAUCAGUUGCCUUGGAGAGACUCAAGAUGCAGAACGCUGAGAAGGAGCGAACUAUUACCUCGCUCAACCGUAACCUGGAGAAGUUGGAAUCGGGUAGAACUGAAGUUACAAGUGAAACCCAGGAGAACGAAGCCCUGAGGAACGAGAUAGAAUCCUUACACCAAACCUUACACAACAUCGCCCAGGUUGCCAUUCUAGAUGCAGAGACAUCGAGCCCUCUGUCCAGAGAAGGAGCAACUGAAGGGACUGAGGCUGACUCUGGCAGACUGGGAUCACCCUUCAUGCCGGGCUCCCCCGUGCUCCUCACGUCUUCUCCCCGGAGGCGCAGGUCCCCCCCCCGUUCCCGGUCCCCGCUGCGUAGCAUGUCCCCGCCCGGUGGAGAUCGCACCUUGUCCGCUGUCCAGUCGGCACUGCAACGACGCCACCUGCAGGUGCAGGAGCUUCGUGGAAGAAUGGAAGCUAUUCAGGAUGUAAGCAGCUCCCUGAAGAAACAACUGGGAGACAGCGAGAGUGAACGGAGGCAGUUGGAGCAGAAACUAGUGAAGCUGAAGGGUGAGGCUGAAGGGUCGAACCGAGCCAAAGAAGAUGCCAAGAGGGACACAGGACGAUACCGAUCCUCCCUGGAAAUCCUUGGAAGUGAAAAGGCAAACUUGGAGAAAGUGGUUCAUUCUUUGAGCCAACAGAUCGAUAACUUGCAGCUGGACAUGGAGCGCCUGAAAGCUGUGAAUGAUGAUCUGCAGCGACAACGUGAUCACGUCGAGGACAAGAGGGAAGAGAUGCAGAAAGACAAUGAACAAGCCAAGAAAGAGCUUCUGAGAAGGCAGAAGUCAUUGGAGCUUAUGGAGGUGAAGAACUCGACUCUGAGGAAAGAGUUGGUGACGAUUAAGGAAACUCUGAACAAAGCUACGCUGGAGAAGGAGGUGUUACAGAAUGAGAAGGGAGGAUUGGUUGAGGCUCUCGCCAAGGCUGAGCUGACGAGCGCAGACUUUGAGUUGUCGUUAAAUAAGCUGAAGACGGAGAAAGACGCCCUGCGCGACUCCCUUGCCAAGAUGAGUGCACUCAGUGAAGGAUUGGCUCAGGAUAAGGUUGAAUUGAAUCGUAUCCUCCUCCGGAUGGAAGCUGAUAGAUCAGUUCUACAAGGACAGAAGAAAGAGAUUGAGAAAGCAAAAGCUAAUAUCCACGAUGUGUUGGUCCGUGUGGAACAGGAGAAAAUGAACCUGGACACCGAGAAACAUGGAUUAGACCAAUCCCUGCAGAUUGUGGAAGCAACCCGUGAACAGCUAGAACACGAUAUAUUGAUUCUCCAAAGAGAGAGGGAUCUGCUUCAAGAUCAAAUUGGACAGGUGAAUCGGCAGAAGCAGUCCCUGAGUGAGCAGCUAGCUCAGGUGCAGCGGGAUGGAGAACUCCAGAGUGCUGGACUCCUUCGGGCCAGCAAGGAGAAAGAAGAAAUAAUGAAGGAAAAGGCCGGCCUGGUGGUGCAGCUGACAGCUGCUGAGAGGGAGAGCAGAGCACUGUCUGAAGAGAUAGCUGUCCUUAGGGCAGACAAGGAAGCACUAGAGACCAACCUGUUUGUAGCUCAGCAGCUUGUUGUACAGCUUGAGUCCCACAAGGAGCAGCUCGAGGGAGAAAAUCAAACCAUUCUGCUUGCGAAGGAGUCUCUUAUAGCUGAGCUUGAUCUUGUCCGUAAAGACAUGGACUUGCAGCUAAUCAACGUUGAGCGAGACAAGGACUUCCUACAGCAAAAACUGGGCCAAGUGGAGCAGCAGAUCCAGAUCUCACUGAAAAAUGAGCAGCUGCUUCAUGAAGAGGAUGUUGAACGACUUCAGAAAGAGAAGGAUCGGCUGCGCCUUGAGCUGACAGCAGAGAAGGAUGAAGUCAUUCAGCACCUUCAACAGGAACGUGAAGACCAAGUCAAUCGCCUUGAGGAGGAAAAAGAGGAGCUGAAUGAAGACAUUCUUGCUUUACAUAAAGAGAGGGAUGAGAGUCUGAUUCAAGCAGAGAGCAAGAAACAGCAGGAAUUGUAUUUUAAAGAGUCAGAGAAAAAUAUCCUGUCAGAAAAACUCAGCCACACUCAACAUGAGCUCAGUAAUUCAAACAUGGAGAUCGAUCGAUUGAAACGUGAGCUGCACAACCAACAGGAGCAGGACAAGAAUACUAUUAACAACAUUAAUGGUGACCUUAAGGACCUCCAAGGCCAGUUUGAAGAAGCGGUGGCCACGCAUGAACGAGAGGUCAAACGUCUCAACGAGCAGCUUAAAGACUUGACCCGCCAGAGAGAAGGGUCUCUCAGAGAGGUGGAGGAGUUGAAGACGCAGCUCCGCAUGGUGGAGGAUGCUAGAGAUGGAACUCGCCGAGACCUCAUCGAAGCUCACAGGAAGGUCCGCGAGAACGAGGAAGGUCAGGAGGUGCAGCGCAAAGAGAACCUGGAGCUCAAACGUGUUCUCAACGAUGAAGUCCGAGAGAAGGAGGCCAUCCAGAAGUCCAAUGAGGAGCUCAGGAAUAACAUCAAAAAGAUUGAGAGUGAGAGAAUCAGUUUAAAGAGAACAAACGAGGAGAAGGAGCAGAAGAUCAACAUCUUGGAAGAAGCCAAAACCGCGUUUCAGAACGAGACAGGAGAACUUCGCACAAAUCUCAGGGAAGUGGAAAAAUCCCGGCUGGAUGCACGACGGGAAUUGCAGGAACUUCGGCGACAGGUAAAGAUGUUGGAUAACGAGAAUGCGAAGAAGAGCAAGGAAGUGGCAGAGCUGCAAUCCCGCAUCGAAUUAGAUGAACAGCGGGACGAGGAGAGCAGGCGGAAAUCUCAUUGCCUGAAGAAAAAAAUGACAGAAGCAGAAGUAGGCCGUGAAACAGCUCGCAAAGAGAUUGCUGUCCUUCAAAAGAAGAUAAUAGACAUGGAAAAUAUGUUUCAUGGACACGAGAAAGAACUUCUUGAACAGUUGGAGAAUUUCCAUUUGAAUGAGAAGAAGUUCCUAGACAACAACCGAAACCUGGAAAAGAAGCUGCAACAAGCGCAGGAGGAAGCAGACGAGCUGACAUUGAAGAUUCGUGCCUUGGAAGGGCACGUCACUGGUCUUGAAACUGAACUGGCCAAGGUAGAGUCAGCCAAGAGGGAUAUAGAGUACAGAUUGGAUAGCUUGUACUCUACACUGCGGAGAACCUUAGGAAUUGGACGUUCUGGACGUAGCCCAUCUCCGCGGAGACCUCACUCUCCCAUCAAAGGACUUGACAACACAUUUUCCACCACCACCACCGACGGAAGGGGCAAUCCCGUCCCACAAACCCGAUCUCCCAGUCGCAGCCGUUCUGUCUCACCUUACCGCGCCGUGUCACCCUCCCGAGGCGAGGAGUACAUGGCAAACAUCGAUCCUGAAGUGAUUAAAAGUGGCUUGCAAGAUUUCCUGCAGGAAUUCCGAGAAACACAAAGGCACAGGGAUGAGGCUCAUAUUCAACUGGCGAACCUGGCCAGGCAGCUGACACAGGCGGAAACAGAACGAGAUCGGAUGAACGCACGUGCUCAGCUGCUCCAGAAAUCCUUGACUGAGGCAGAGGAAGGAAAGCGUGGAUUAGACGGACGGUUGAACAGUGCUCAGACUGCACUCACGCUGCAUGAAGAGACUAUCAAAUGUGUCGAGCGAGAGAGGAAGGCCCUGGUUGAACAAGUGGCCACAUGGGAACAGAGUCUGCAGUCAUCCGAAGGGGAGAAGCGAGCUUAUCAGGAGAAGGUUAACAAGAUGAAAGCGAAUGAGACCAAGCUGGAGGUGGAAAAACGCAAGUUGAAAGAUGCACUGGAAGCAUCUGACAACCGUUCCACCAAGCUGGAGCUGCUGCGCCGCUCCCUUGAGGGGCAGCUGCAGCGGGUGCAGCUGUCCCUGAGCGACCGUGAGACUGAGACGCAGGUCCUCCAAGACCGCAUCGAGAUGCUUCAGCGGCAGGUGGCUGACAGCGAGACGAAGGCGGCCUCUCUCCAGCUCACUGUGGAUCGACUGUCAAUGACACUGGCCAAGACGGAAGAAAGUGAGAGCAGUCUGAAGGACAAGGUGCAGAGCUUAUCGUUGACUCUCUCGGACACGAGUGCUGGCAGUACAUUACUGCAGGACCGGAUUUCCCAGCUUCAGAAGGCCCUAAUCUCCACUGAACAAGACCGAAGAGUACUUCAGGAACGGCUAGACACCAUCCGUCAGGGACUUGCAGACACUAAGAAGAAGAACCAUGCCCUGGUAGAACGUGUGCAGUCCAUGCAGGGCUCACAAGGGGAUCUGGAGCUGAGGCGCUUGGACCUUGAUAGUCAGAAUCGUCAACUGCAGGAGAUAUUGCAGAAGCGACAGGAGAGUGAGCAGGAGGUCCUGAAGGUCAUCGGGAAGCUUCAGAAAGAGAAGCACAUCUACCAGGAGCGAGUGGCCAACCUACAGAGGGCUGUGGCGCAGCUAGAGAAUGAGAAGCGAGAGCUGCAACGUUCAAAAGUGUGCCUCGAGAAGGACCAAUCUGCCCUGAGGAGAAUACUGGAUAAGAUUGAGCGGGGCAGGUUGAAGUCUGAAGAAGAUGCCUUGCGGCUGUCCGCUGAGAAAGGGCAGUUGGAUCAGUCGCUCAAUGGCGCAGAAAUGGAUCUCGCAGAAACACAAAGGCAGAUUCAGCAACUGCAGGAGCUGACAGCUGAAAUGGAGCGGAGCCACAGUCAGAGACUGAUUGAGCUGACUACCCGCCACCAUCAGGAGCUAGAGAAGGAAACUGGGCGCCUGCGGACUGCUAACCAACAGGCUGAGAGGGUACUGGAGGCCAAGGAACGAGCUCACAGACAGCGUGUCAAAGAACUCGAAGAACAGGUGUUUAUCCUACAGGAGCAGUUGGAACGGGAGAUGAGGAAAAGACAAGCCUAUAUUUCACAAAUGUUCAGGUCAGGAAAGUAACUGGGCAGCAAAUCGAGCCCACAUAUGUCCUAAGGGGAGCCAAAGGAUAACAUUGAAUACUCCAGGCAAAGUGUUUAAAUGGAUGAAUGAGUAGCUACCAUUUUAUGACAAUCUUCUUGAAAAUAAUGGCUCCGUAAACCUUUAUAUUUGAACUACAGAUCUAAAGAGAUAAUCCUCAGCACCCGCACAUCUAGGAGGGUUCCUUACACUGGGAUGCUGGCAUAGGUCAAAAGGUCUUGCUGACACCCUCCAUUUGAUUGGACUGUGGCCUACAGCUACCAAAUGGGUUUUCCGACCCCACAGCUCCAGCAGACAUUCCUGCUCCUUCUCACAUCUAACUUCAAUACUGUGAAUAGACUGAUCUUUUGAAUCGUUCACACUGGGACAUCUAUCUGAAACCUUCUCAGUAACCACUGACCUCAGCCUCUGUCGAGACAGAGACUGUUGACAUUAUUGACGUGGCAUUUUCCAGAUGACAGCUGUAUUCAUUUGCCCUGUUUGCUCACUUAACUAUCCAUAGCUGUACUCCUGAGAUUCAAAGAACAACAUUCCCAUGGAAGUACAUAAAACACAUUCAUGAACAUUGCACAUGCCCUCUGUUUGGUACCUUACACUUUUGGUUUCAUGGUUGAGAGCUAUGAUCCAGAGCAGGAUGGUAUCUGAACUGACACAGGAUUAAUCCAAGAGUUAUGUGUUCCAUUGCAACCAUGGUGAGAAAUAGGCUUUCUGCACCCUUAGCUGAUGGCCUAGAAUCUCAUAGGUCAGAGAGGAAUGGCUACCCAACCCUAAAUAAUGAACGCUAUAUUGAAACCAAUUCAGCAGCCAAAUAUUGCAAAUGUUUCUGCUCCUUUUUUUGUGGGAUAGCCUGACAAAGAAGGAGAUCCCCAAUAGGCUGUAAUGCUAAAAAUGAGCACACAAGAGGAUCUCAAGUUUGAUCCUCGGUGUGUGAUAAUGUUGCUCCUUUAAACUGAGGUGGAAGUGGCAGUGUAAUUAAACUUUAGGUCAUAGAAGAAGCUUCAUCUGAUUCCUGCAGCCGGUCACUAAUUUCAGGAUAACUGGAUCAGGUUCAGGUGCUGGCAAUUCUCCCCACCCUUUCACUGGUCUUUCCUUCCUCAAAUCACCCAGAGACAGCCUGUGUUCAUGCUCGAGAGAUGCCAAAAUAUACCAAGCCUUGCCACAGGGUUGUAUUUAACAGCCACUACUAUCAAACUCUGUUUUACAGCAUUUUUAUUUCCUCAUGAAACAUGCAAACUUUUAAAGUCCAAAUUUGGCGUUGUCUAAACAUCAUGUCUGAAUUUAUUUCUUACUAUUUCUUUGCCCUUAAUAAAAUCAUUCCAAGUGCCCAGGUAUCAUCGAUGACUGAUUAUGUCAGAUCUCCAUCAAGGCCCCAUUCAGAUGCUCACUUGGACAGGAGUCAUUCUUUGAUGACGAGUCCAGGUUGGCCAAAAUGACUACCUAUGCUGUCACCUUCCCAAAAGGAUUUAACUUUCUGCUUAACAAAAUGGAAAGGCUGACUAAAAAUAUAUACAUCUAUCAAUUCAACAGAUAGACUAACAGAUAAUCAUGCACAUCUCAUCACACACCCCUCCCACAUAUUGCGGACAAUAUUUUAAUAUCAACUCCCCAUUGAGGGAAUUUUUUUUUAAUCAUAAUUUUUAAAUUAAUUUCCAUGUCUUUAUCUCUACUAUUUCUACUGGGUGUGGUAUAUCUAAUAUUCUGAGUUUUUUCUUAUCAUGUCAGAAUUUGUGUUUGAUGGCUUGAUUUAGUAUUGUGUUUAACUUCAAUUAAAUAUGGCAUAAAAUGUGAGCCCAACCAUAGUUGUAGUCAAACCAAAUUUAAUAAGAGUUCAUGUAAAAUCUUUGUAUAGUUUUGU